ACUACGGGAGCAAUUUGUUUUCUAACUGAGGUCUUCCCUCUCACUGCUGCAGGGCUGCAUGCAAGGCUGCUCUGGGGGAAGUCAGACCUAGACAACAGCAUGCCUUCCACCGGGAACCUGAAGAGCCCCAGCUUCAGUCAGCACUUCACGAUGACGGUGAUCUGCAUAGUGCUCCUGCAGGUGCUCCUGCAGGCCUUGACUGUGGCUGUGACUUACAUGUACUUCAACAACGAGGUGAAGCAGCUACAGGACAAUUACUCCAAAAUCGGACUAGCUUGCUUCUCAAAAGAAGACGGGGAUUUUUGGGACUCCACUGACGAGGGGAUCUUGAACAGACCCUGCUUGCAGGUCAAGAGGCAACUGUAUCAGCUCAUUGAAGAGGUGACUUUGAGAACCUUUGAGAAAACCAUCUCUACAGUUCCAGAAAAGCAGCUAAGCACUCCUCCCUUGCCCAGAGGUAGAAGACCCCAGAGAGUGGCAGCUCACAUUACCGGGAUCACUCGGAGAAGCAACUUAGCCUUAAUUCCAAUCUCCAAGGAUGGAAAGACCUUGGGCCAGAAGAUAGAAACCUGGGAGUCCUCUCGGAGAGGGCAUUCAUUUCUCAACCAUGUGCACUUGAGAAACGGAGAGCUGGUGAUCCAGGAGGAGGGCCUGUAUUACAUCUACUCCCAAACGUACUACCGGUUCAAGGAGGCUAAAGAAGCUUCCAAAACAGUCUCGAAGGACGGAGGGAGGAUCAAACAGAUGGUGCAGUACAUCUACAAAUACACCAGCUACCCCGACCCCAUACUGCUGAUGAAGAGUGCCAGAAACAGCUGCUGGUCCAGAGAAGCUGAGUACGGACUGUACUCCAUCUACCAGGGGGGGCUGUUCGAGCUCAAAGAAAAUGACAGGAUUUUUGUUUCCGUGACGAAUGAGCGUUUGAUGGACCUGGAUCAAGAAGCCAGUUUCUUUGGAGCCUUUUUAAUUAACUAGACGAGCUGCAGUGAUCAAACACACCCCUAAAAUGCCCAGUAAUAUUCUAGGUCGAAGGCAUGCCAGGAAAGUGAUUAAACUGGUUAGGGUAUGGCCUGGCUGCAGAAACCUCAGGGCAGAUGUGACAGAAAGGCAGCUAGAACACAGCACCCUCAGGCCAAAAACCCAGCCACAGACACCAGUGUUUCAUUGAGGGACUUGCUUUGUUCCCCCAAAUGAGAUCGCUGUAGGCUUUCAAUGAUCUACCUGGUACCAGUUUACAGAGAUCUAGAAGAUGUUCAGUCUCUAAAUGUUUAUGCAACAGUUGACAAUUUUCACCUUUGUUAUCUGGUUCAGGGGUGUGAAACCCAGUGCUCAAGGGCUGUGUGCAGAUGAGGAUAGCUCUGGAUGCAGUCAGCAUAAAAAUCACGAAAUAUCUCACCUACAACAUUAGAGUGUGUGAGUGCGUGAGUGUGCCUAUGUGUGUG